AUGGCAGCAGCAGCAGCAGCAGUCAGCCAGCCAGCUGGUGUGUGUGUGUAGCUAUAGGUAGUGUUGGUGUAGAAGGUGUCGGUCUAGUGUCGGUGGGUUAGCUCCCGAACACACACAGUUCUUAAGAGGACGUUAGCCGCACCGCACCAUCAACUUUGCUCUCUCUCUCACUCGGCUCCUCUUUUUAGAACAUUUUUCAUUUCUUGGUGUGAUUUUACAGUGAAAUUUUGGGUUGUUGGGGGUUGAUUUCAGUGCGUGAAUUUUUGAGUGUACCCCGCCAAUUUUUUGAAAUUUUGAAAAAAAUUGUGUGGAGGGAAAUUUGAAAAAAACAAACCGGAAAAAGGAAAAAUCGCCGCCCGGAAUUAGUCAGAAAAAUAAGGAGCACUUGAAUCUUUUUGGGGGGUUGGUUGUGAUAUGGUUUUGCGUGGGGGCGGAUCAUGUCUCCGCAGCUCGGGCCGACCACUCUCCUCUCACUUGCCCGGCACUGGCACGUCCUCUUGCUCAUCUCUCUCAUCACGCCGAUCGGACCUUUUUCCAGCAGGUCGGUGAUGGCUUUGAGCGCUGACCUGAUAUGCGGCAAGAUACCGGGAUUGACGUACAAGCAGCGGCUGCUCUGCGCCGCCAAGCCCGACGCCAUGGUGGCCAUCAGCAACGGAGCCAAACUGGGACUAGCCGAGUGUCAGGAGCAAUUCAAGUACCACCGAUGGAAUUGCACGGCCAUCGGCAGCCGAAACGGAUUCGGUCACGUCGUCGUUGUCGGAAGCCGAGAAGCGGCUUAUCUGUAUGCAGUGUGGAGCUCCGGCCUGACGUACGCUAUCGCCCAGGCGUGCAGCCAAGGAGCUAUCAGCUCUUGCGGUUGCGAUCCGACCAAACGGGGCGGCAAGGACCUGGUCAGAUCCAUGCGCAGGUCCCAUCGGGCGCGCAACGCCGCCAACGGAGCUAAUACCAACGCAGGUAAUGGAGGAGGUCCUGUGGCUGCCGGUGGAAACGGAUGGAAAUGGGGCGGCUGUUCGGCCGACGUCCGAUCGGGAGCCUCGCUGGCCAAACGAUUCGCCGACUCGAGAGAAACCGAAGGAGACGAUAGGAGCUUGAUGAAUCUGCACAAUAAUAAAGCCGGUAGAAAAAUUGUCAAAUCGAUGUUGAAGAAGGAAUGCAAAUGCCACGGAGUCAGCGGCAGUUGCUCACUCAAAACCUGUUGGGAGAAAUUGCCGGCCUUCAGGGACAUUGGCGAUGCCCUGAUGAAGCAGUACCGUGAAGCCAAGGCCGUCGUCGCCAAAGAGAGUCGCAGCGGCAACGACAGCAAGCCACGCAAACUGUUGACGCUGCAGUUGCGUAGGAAGCCGCACAACAAGCCCCGUCUCUCGGAGCUGGUGUUUCUCAACUCUUCGCCAAACUACUGCGAGGCGAACCCGUCGACGGGGUCGCUGGGUGUCGUCGGCAGGAGGUGUAAUCGAACCUCAACAGGUGCUGAUGGCUGCAACCUGCUCUGCUGUGGACGGGGGUACAACACCCACCAGUUCAACCACGUCUCCCAUCAGUGCAACUGCAAAUUCCACUGGUGCUGCGAAGUCAAGUGCCAGACUUGCACUAUCAAGAGCGAAGAGUACACCUGCAAAUAA